UUUUUAUAUAAAUAUAUAAAUAUAUUUUAUCCUCUCCCUUGUCGCCUCCGUUCUCCGAAAUCGGUGAGAGGCGAGACCCGGUCCUCCACUUCGAUGCCGAAUUGGAGCUUCGAGGGUUCGAAUCUUCGUGCUUUUUGAUGAAUUUUGGCGUUGGAUGUUCGGAUCGAUCGACUUUGGAGCAAGCGAGUUCGAUUCCGUGGCAAUGUGGAUUGAUUCCUAGGGUUUGUGGCGCAAUUGGGGGUGUGGAUAUCUAGGGCAUCGUUUUUGGUGAGAGGGGAAUCAAACAUUCAAGAUCGAUCGUUUUCGGAGCAACGGAGUUCGAUUCCGUGGCAAUGUGGAUUGGUUCCUAGUGGUUUUUUGGCGAAAUUGGUUUGUGUGGAUAGCUAGGGCAUCGUUAAAAAAUUUUCUGGUGAGAGCGGGAUCAAACAUUCAGAUCGAUCGUUUGCCGAGCAACGGAGUUCGAUUCCGCGGUAAUUGGAUUGGUUCCCAGGGUUUUUGACGGAAUCGGGGGUGUCGAUUUCGAGCCCAUCGUUUUUGGUGCGAGGAAAACCAACAUUCAGAUUGAUCGGAGCAUCCGAGUUCGAUUUUGCAGCAAUGUGGAUUGGUUUCUAGGGUUUUUGAUGGACAUGGUUCUAGCCCGUCGUGUUUGGUGAGCAGAAAAUCGACAUUCAGAUCAACCGCCUACGGAGCAAUGGAGUUUGAUUCCACAGUAAUGUGGAUUGGUUCCUAGGGUUUUUGACGGAAUUAGGGUUGUCGAUUCUAGGGCAUCGUUUUUGUUUUGGUGGGACUGGAAUUGGGAUCUGUGGUGGAUUAGUAGGUGAAAGGAGUUCCCUUUUCUUUUCUUUUUUAUUCGGAAAUUUGAGUUAUUUUGGUUGCUAUGGAGCACGUUAUUGGGGGAAAAUUUAAGCUUGGGAGGAAGAUUGGGAGUGGUUCUUUUGGAGAACUUUAUCUUGGUACAAACAUACAAAGCGGAGAGGAAGUGGCUAUCAAGUUGGAAUCUGUGAAAACGAAACAUCCUCAGCUUCACUAUGAGUCAAAGUUGUAUAUGCUUCUGCAAGGAGGAACUGGCAUUCCACACCUGAAGUGGUUUGGCAUGGAGGGAGAGUACCAUAUCAUGGUCAUUGAUCUUCUAGGUCCAAGUUUGGAGGACUUGUUUAACUACUGCAAUAGGAAGUUCACCCUGAAAACAGUGCUUAUGCUCGCUGAUCAGUUACUUAACCGAGUUGAAUACAUGCACUCAAGGGGAUUUCUUCAUCGUGAUAUCAAGCCAGACAACUUUCUCAUUGGUUUAGGUCGAAAAGCGAAUCAGGUUUAUAUCAUCGAUUUUGGCCUGGCGAAGAAGUAUAGAGACCUUCAAACUCAUAAACACAUACCUUACAGGGAGAACAAAAAUCUCACAGGAACAGCGCGCUAUGCUAGUCUUAAUACUCAUCUGGGAGUAGAACAAAGCAGAAGAGAUGAUCUGGAAUCUCUUGGUUAUGUGCUUAUGUAUUUUUUAAGAGGCAGCCUCCCUUGGCAGGGUCUAAAGGCGGGCACUAAAAAGCAGAAGUAUGACAAAAUUAGUGAAAAGAAAUUGCUUACUCCUUUUGAGGUAUUUGCUUUUGCUUUAGUUCCAGUAUCCUUCUUUUUUUCAGUGCAAAAGAUAACCAGAUGUAUUUCACAUUAUUGUGAUCAGGUGCUAUGCAAAUCAUAUUCGCCUGAGUUCAUCUCAUACUUCCAAUACUGUCGCUCCUUGCGAUUUGAAGACAAGCCAGAUUACGCCUAUUUGAAGAAACUUUUCCGUGACCUUUUUAUUAGAGAAGGGUACCAAUAUGAUUAUGUAUUUGACUGGACCGUAUUGAAGUAUCCUCAGAUUGGUUCCAAUACGAGAUCACGACAGCCUAGCGGAAGAACGACUGCUGUUGGACCAUCCGCAGACAGGGCAGAAAGGACUUCAGUGGGACAAGAUAUCCGUGACCGAUUCUCUGGUGCGGUUGAAGCAUUCGCUAGAAGGAAUGCUUCCGGUUCUGGUCAUCCUGGGGAUAACUCCAAGCAGAAAACUGUAGAGGACUCGCGAAUGCCAUCUAAAGAGCCCGCUACUGAUUUCGACAGAACACAUGCAUCCUCCUCUAGGAAUGGGAGCGCAUCUAAAAGGGCGGUGGUAUCAGCGAGCCGGCCAAGUUCUGGAGAAUUUAGUGAUCAGAACCGCACAAGCCGACUGGUCUCUAGCGGCAGCAGCAGCAGCCGUCCGUCCACUUUUCAGCGGCUUCAUCAAUCCGGGGGCAUGGAAAGUAGGUCAUCGCAAGCGAGAAAUGCGCAAGGCGACCCGAGCCUCCGAAACUUCGAGUUCCUCUCUAUCAGCGCGGAGAGGCGUAAGUGAGGAAUCGAAAGGAGAGGUGGGUAAUAAACUAAUCAUCGGUGGUCAGCCGCCAGUUUCGGCAAGACUAUAAUAAGCAGCAGUCUAUAUAAGUGAUUCUUUUGUCAUCUUGGAGACUUAAAAAUCGUGCAUAGUUAACGCAACAUAUAUCUUUAUUUUAUUGAUCCAAAUUACGUGCGAAACUGGUAAGGUAUGACUUGCAGUGGAAACAAACAUUGUGAUUAUUUUGUGUUUUACAUGCUAAGAAGGGGGCAUUUUAACCUCAUUCGAAGGAUCUUUGAUGUGGAUGCUAUCCUGGGCAGGUGUUUAUAUUGAAUUUUAUUCAAAUAUAAGCUGUGUUCUACACUA